GCUAUUCUGAACAAUCAGUCAAAAAAUUUAAGGAUGAAAAUUACGCUUUUGGCAAUUUGCUGUUUUGCUGUGGUAUUGUCCACGUAUGCAGCACCUCAAUCUCUUUCGAACAAUCCUGAAACGGGAAACCAAAAUCCAACCAAGGAACCACAAAAAGAUCCAACCAAGUCCCAACAAAACAAUCAAUCAAAAGGUUCCCAAAAUAAACCAUCCAAAGGAACUCAAAAUAGUCCAUCUAAUGGAUCUCAAAAGAAAGGAAAUCAACAAGAUGCCAAUAAAAAGAACAAUGCACAAAGCAGUAAAGGCAGCAAAAAAGUUGGAAAUUCACAGCAAAAACCUCCAACUGGAUUAAAUGAGCACAAUUAUAACCAGAAUAAUAUUGACGUAAAGAAAACAUUCAAUGGUAAUGCUGCGAGUGCUAAAGGUGCUUUCUACAAAAAAUGAAAUGUAGUUACACGUGCUUGAAUAUCUUUCAAUAAACGUUUGAAAUAUUGAGAAAUUGCCGUUUUUAAUUUUAUGUGACUUUCAAUCCAUGACUACCUGUAACUCUUAAUCAAAUAUUUUCAGGUACUAUGUACUAGUGUAAGGAAUUAA